GAAACUGAAAUCGGUCGAAAACGUGAAAACUCUUUACGUAAACAUAACUUCAUUCCAUUUAUAUACAACAUUAUUCGAAUCUUAGCAGAGCGUGGCGAAUUGGAUGCACGUAUAGAACAUGCUAAAAAAGAAAUGACCAAGAGGAAAAAGGAACGUGCAGAGAAGAAAAAAAAUGCCGAAGCUUCAGGCAGUAAAAAUUAA